CCGGGGAUGUUAGAAGCAAGCUGGGCUGCCGCCGAGCAGAAGCCCGGGCUUCCAGCUGCGAGCUCCGCUCUCCCGCCAUGGCCCCCGCUCCGCCCCCCGCCGCCUUCUUCUCACCCGCCGAGGUCCAGCGGCGCCUGGCGGCCGGCGACUGCUGGGUCCGCUGCGGGGCCCGCCUCUACGACCUCACUGGCUUCGUGCGGCACCACCCGGGGGGCGAGCAGCUGCUGCGGGCGCGGGCUGGAGAGGAUGUUAGCGCCGACCUGGACGGGCCGCCGCACCGGCACUCGGCCAACGCGCGCCGCUGGCUCGAGCAGUACUACGUGGGCGAGCUGCAAGGAGACCCUCAGGGCUCCGUGGAGAAUGGGACUGUGGCCUCUGUGAACACUCAGAAGACAGACCCUUUGAUGGAGCCAAAGUUCAAAGUGGUGGACUGGGACAAGGAUUUGGUAGACUGGCGGAAGCCCCUGCUGUGGCAGGUAGGCCACUUGGGAGAGAAGUAUGACGAGUGGGUCCACCAGCCAGUGACCAGGCCCAUCCGCCUCUUCCACUCCGACCUCAUCGAGGCCCUCUCCAAGACUGCCUGGUACUCUGUCCCCCUCAUCUGGACACCCCUGGUGCUGUACCUCAGCUGGUCCUACUACCGAACCUUUGCCCAGGGCAACGUUCGACUCUUUGCUUCCUUCUCCACAGAGUACUCGGUGGCCAUGCCUAAGUCCGUGUUCCCGGGCCUCUUCGUGCUGGGGCUGCUCCUCUGGAGCCUCAUGGAGUACCUCAUCCACCGCUUCCUGUUCCACAUGAAGCCCCCCGGGGACAGCUAUUACCUUAUCCUGCUGCAUUUCGUCCUGCAUGGCCAGCACCACAAGGCCCCCUUCGAUGAGUCCCGCCUGGUCUUUCCCCCGGUGCCGGCUUCUCUGGGGAUUGCCUUCUUCUACGCGUUGCUACAGCUGCUCCUGCCGGAGGCGGUGGGGGGCACUGUGUUCACUGGGGGCCUCCUGGGGUACAUCCUCUACGACAUGACACAUUACUACCUGCACUUCGGCUCGCCGCACAAGGGCUCCUACCUGUACAACAUGAAGGCUCACCACGUCAAGCAUCACUUUGCACAUCAGCAGUCAGGAUUUGGCAUCAGCACUAAAUUGUGGGAUCAUUUCUUCCGCACCCUUAUGCCGGAAGAGCCCCACCUGAAGAUGCAGUGACAACUCCCAGCCCCACCGUCCUGCCCUCAGCCCAGCCGUGGCCCCUGCCUCACCCCCA